GGAGGAGUGUGGAGCAGGGAAUGGCGGCUGUCAGCAUAACUGUCACAACAGUGCUGGGGGGUUCUCCUGCUCCUGUAACUCAGGAUUUGUCCACCACCGACCAGGGCAUUACCUGCACAGAUGUAGACGAGUGUCAAACCCUUAAUGGUGGAUGUCAACAUAACUGUGCCAACCGACCUGGAUCAUUCCAGUGUAGCUGUAACCAUGGAUACAAUGCCCGGGAACCGGGAACAGGCCAAAUACUGUGAUGAUGUUGACGAGUGUUCUAACAACAAUGGAGACUGUCAGCACACCUGUACGAAUUCUCCAGGGUCUCAUACCUGUAGCUGUAAACCUGGAUUCAGCACUGAGGACCAGGGCAAGACCUGCCAUGAUAUUGAGGAAUGUGCUGUUGACAAUGGUGGAUGUGACCAUAACUGUCACAACUCUGCAGGUUCCUUCUCCUGCUCCUGUGAUUCUGGCUACAGCACACCUGACCAGGGAUCUACCUGUACAGACAUUGAUGAAUGUGGCACGAGUAAUGGGGGCUGUUCCCAGAACUGUCACAACGCCCCUGGGUACUUCAGCUGUAGCUGUGACUCUGGCUACAGCACUCCAGAUGAUGGAGUCACCUGUAACAACAUUGAUGAGUGUGCCACAGAUAACGGGGGCUGUUCUCACAUCUGUGAAGACUCACCUGGUUCUUUCACCUGUAAAUGUCACCCAGGAUAUGACUCACCAGAUGAUCAGGUCUCCUGUUUUGAUAUUGAUGAAUGCCUGAUGUCUAAUGGAGGCUGCAGCCAUAACUGUCAUAACUCCGAUGGCAACCACUCUUGCAGCUGUCGCUCUGGUUACUAUAGCAAUGAUAACGAUGUUACCUGUCUAGAUAUUGACGAGUGUCAGACAGAUAAUGGCGGGUGUUCCCAGAACUGUCACAACUCACCAGGAUCCUUCUCCUGUAGCUGUAACCAGGGAUACAAUUCACCUGAUAAUCAAGUUACCUGUAACGAUAUUGAUGAAUGUGACAACAACAAUGGGGAUUGUAACCAUGACUGUCACAACACAGCUCCUCUGUACUACUGCACUUGUCGUCCAGGUUUCAGUACCCCGGAUAACCACGUGUCAUGUUUUGAUGUUGACGAGUGUGCAACAAACAACGGGGGGUGUUCACAGAACUGUCACAACACAGAGGGCUCCUCCCACUGCACCUGUAGGCCUGGUUAUGACAGCCUUGAUAACCAAGUCACUUGUUUCGACAUCGAUGAAUGUGACACAGAUAAUGGAGAUUGCUCCCAGACCUGUUCUAACACCAAGGGGGCAUAUUUCUGUACCUGUCUUACUGGCUAUAGCAGUCCUGAUAAUGGUGUUUCCUGCUAUGAUGUGGAUGAGUGUGCCUCUAACAAUGGGGACUGUGCUCAUCAGUGUAUUAACAGCGACGGGUCUUACGAGUGUUCCUGUCAGUCAGGUUAUAGUACACCUGACCAGGCCAGGACUUGCUAUGACAUUGAUGAGUGUGCCACGGACAAUGGCGGCUGUGACCACAACUGUCAUGACACUGAUGGCAGUUUCAGUUGUACCUGCAGGCAGGGUUAUAGCACACCUGACCAUGGCUUCACCUGUCAAGACAUUGAUGAGUGUGCCGUGGGUAAUGGUGGGUGUCAGCAGAAUUGUCACAACAUCCCAGGGUCCUUCUCCUGUAGCUGUGAGGACGGCUUUACCACACCCGACUGGGGGGUCACCUGUAAAGAUAUAGAUGAGUGUGCAGUGAUGAAUGGUCAAUGUGAACACACGUGUUAUAACUGGGCAGGGGGUUAUGAGUGUCUGUGUGACGAGGGUUACAGCACUAAGGAUGAGGGGAUUACCUGUAAUGACAUAGUUGAGUGCGCCAAUAACAAUGGCGGCUGUACCCACACAUGUACGAAUACAGAUGGGUCAUUUAUCUGUACCUGCAACCAAGGCUUCUAUCUUUUACCUGAUAAGAAAAUAUGUAAAGACACAGAUGAAUGUGCAACAGCCAAUGGUAACUGUGAUCAGAUCUGCACCAAUGAGGAAAGUAGCUACACAUGCAGCUGUCAAGUUGGAUACCUCUUGGAUCAGAGUGAUGAAAAGGCAUGUCAUGACAUUGAUGAGUGUUCCAGUAACAAUGGUGGUUGUACACAUACCUGUACAAACUCUGACGGCUCAUUCACCUGUACCUGUAACAAGGGCUACUUCAUACAAGUCGACCAGAAAACAUGCCUAGACAUUGAUGAGUGUUCAGAUAACAACGGGGGCUGUUCACACGACUGUGAGAACAGUGAGAGCUCAUACAGCUGUAACUGUAACACUGGCUUCUACCUGCUGGAUGAUGACAAGACCUGUCAAGAUGUUGACGAGUGUGCCAUUGACUUGGGGGGAUGUGCAGAGAAGUGUGUUAACUCACCUGGCUCUUACGCCUGUACCUGUGAGGAGGGCAGGGCGUUUGAUCUGAACGGCAUCUGUCAACCGGUGUGUUAUGAUUACGCCCCGGGGGAGUGUGGUGCUGGCGGACGGUGCCGAUCUCCAGGAGUCUGUGACUGUAAACAUGGCUAUGAACCAGUUAAAUGCCUUGACAUCAAUGAGUGUGCGGUGGAGAAUGGCAACUGUACGGGCAAGUGUGUGAACCGACCUGGCUCAUACUACUGUACCUGUGAACAGGGCUUUUAUCUGGAGGAUGGCCACACUUGUAUGGAUGUAAUAUGCUGUUGUACAGAUGUGGAUGAGUGCAGUGGAGGGAUGGAUAUCUGCUCUCAUACCUGUGUGAACCUGUAUGGGUCCUUCAGGUGUGAGUGUCCCACGGGCUACAAGCUACAGCUGGCUACCUACACCUGUCAAUUCUGCCCACCAGACGAUCUAGACUGUUGGCCUAUGUGUACCCAUGUGGGGUCAGACUGUGUGUGUGAGGACAGCUUCACACUGCACCAGGACAGACUGCACUGUAUUGCAUCCUGCCCGUGCCGUAAUGGUGGUGUGUGUACUUCAGGUUACCCUGACUUUGUCUGUAACUGCAGUGGGACUGAUUAUGGUGGAGCUGUAUGUGAGGUGGGGUCAGUGGAUAUCCCGGAACAACUCUUCUUCCACUAUGGCUAUGAGAAAAUGACAGUCCAAGUUCACGCCCUGUCUGACAAAACUCUGGUUCUGCUGACAACAACGGCAGACGAGUUAACGCUCCAGCCAUCCCAGAUAGUUAUCCCUCCUUUGUCUGGGGGCAAUAACUUCACCCUGGAGGGCUCUAGAAUGGGCAUGUACACUGUGGACAUCAAACUGGCUGGGUCUGGGUACAAGCUGUUUGAGCCUCCCAAACCCAUCAGGGUUCUAGUAGGGGAUGUAUUUGUGAGACUACAACUCAGCCACAAGCAGUUUCCAGUGGGAUGUUUCCCUAUAGAGUUCAGUAUUCCCUCCCAGAUUAGCUCUGCAGACAGUACAGAUUUAGUGUUCAAGUUCCUCUCUACUUCUCCGUGGUACAAAGUGGAUGGCUCAGAGGUUGUCUUCUUCACGCUUGGGGUGCCUAUGACUGAUACUCUGGUCACCUACCCGGUGUCUCCUCGAGGUGUUGAAAUAAACACAUCUGAUGGAAAGAUUCGACUGGGACCCAUUAGUUCUCUCCGGGAAAUCUCACGGGGAACAACUCCAGUGACCCAGGCUGAGGACAGUGACUGUGAGGUAAUACCUCUGUCAAGAGAAGAUAAGCUAGACUUUGACAAGGCUGAAAGUGCUCUCCAAACCCUGCUGAGACGUGUGACCAAUAUCUUACCUGAGGGCUUUGACCUGUCAAUCAGCACAAAUCCCACCUCCAAAUCAAAAACAGACGAUUUCCGUGCUAACAUCCACAGUGGGAGUGAGGUGAAGAUGCUGCAGGUGUGCUCUGGAGCCCCUGUCCUGGACCACAGCCUGUAUCACGUGUUCCAGUUUUCUACGAGUGAGCUCAGCCUCUACCUGCUGUCUGAGGAGCUGGUCCUGCCUGCAACUCGCUUCUGUGUAAUUGUCGACCUGGUGGAGGAUGAAGGCCAGACUGUGAUGUUCCUCUUUGAUCAGCCCAUGUGCCUUCAGGCUACUGGCAUGUUUGCCCCCCUCAGCAGCUUAUGGGGCCUUAACAUGUCUGUCUCAGGACUGGCUUUCUCCGCCUCAGGCCGGCUUAGCUCCCCUUUGGGUCAGAACAGUCCCUGGAAGAAACUUCUCCCUAGCUCCUCCCCUUCAAUGUGGGCGGGGUUACAGGUGACGUCAGAAUCAGAUGAUAGUACAGCCCUACAUAUCGCAUCUGCAGUCCAAGCUUUCUUUUUUGAUAAACCUGCUGAAUCAAAGUUACAAACUCACCUGAUACUUGAUGAGCGGAGUUUUCUGCUGAGCCUGACUCAGCCGUUUGUGGUACGCCUGCAGAUAGAGGCCCAUGAGCAAAUAAGUACAUUGACUGUCAAGAGUGCAGACGUGGACAAUUAUGUCACAGUUUCUGUUGGAGAGUCUGGCUGUUCCAGGAAUGCUAAUGGGGUGAUGGUGAACUUCAUGACCAGCACUGAGGAGAAGUUAACAAGCCGCUCAGGUGUGGAGAUCUCUGGAGGGAGUCAGGUGUAUGUCCGCCUGAACGGUGUGGCAGCACCAGGACCCAUGUUCAAAUCUGCAGACACCGAUCCCUUCCUGAAGCACCUGAAGGCAUUCCGCCACACAUUGGACACACUGGUUAAGUCAGAAUCACAGACCAUCGAUGAGGUGAGCCAGACAGAGUUCAGCUCCAUCCUGGAGACUCUGCUGGGCUUACAACAUGAUGUGCAGUCUCUGUUAAUGUGGGAGGAUGUGUCAGAGGUGAGAGAAUUUGCAGACAGAUUGGUCACCCUAAACACGGCUAUGGGCAGUGUUAGACACGGACUGGACACCAUCGAGGACCACUUGUACCUCACCCUGCAGCCUGAGCUUCAGGAGAGGCUUGGCUUUGCCACAUUUUUCCUCUCCCAGCUGGAGAGUGAGCUGAACAAACUGACCAGCAAGCUUCAUGUGGUCACCGUGGAGGGUCUGUCAGCUAAGGUGCUGAUAGACCCUCUAGCAGCUGGGCAAUCCAGCAGCUGGGGUGCAACCGGCAUUAUGUCUGUUGACCUCCAGGACUCGACUGUCAUAUUGAGAGGCAGCCUUGACUACUCUGCCACUGGCCAGUGCUGCCCAGGAGAGAACUUCUGUGAUGUGUCAGGAAAAGGCUUGGAGCUGCAGGUCAGUGGGAGCAUUCAGAGUCACUCUGUGACCUUGAGCAGCGUGUGGACAAAGAACAUGUGGCAGUUUGUGGAGGUGCAGCCUGGUGCAGCUCUUAUAUAUGGCCUGAGCAGGAAGGAGAGAGCUGUGAAGGCUACACUGACAGACAAGGUCGUCCUGAGAGUGUUUGGCAUGGAUGCCCCAGCCACAGUGAACAUGGAGGAUGAGAGGUUAGCGAUGGACUCUGUGGGCCAGGUGUUUGGUCGGUAUCCGGCGAAGGUACAGCUUCGUGGUUCAUCCCUGCAAGACGCAGAUGACUGGGGACUGUCUGCUUACGUACAGCUGCUACUAGGCGAGGAUUCCUUUCCCGAACACCUGAAGAAAUCUCUAAAUUCUGCUGUACAAAAGAACAUUUCUAAAACUGUUGAGCGUCUGGAGACUGCGGAGGAAAACCUGAAGAGAUCAGAAUUCAAGUUGCAGUUGGAAGCUGAAUCACUAAAUGCGUCUCAGGCGGCUUAUAAUGACCUGCUGCAAGAACUUGUGGAUACAGAACUUCUAGAAGAACAGGCCACAGCGGAGUUAGCAGAGGCAGAUAACAAGAUGUAUGCAUUCCAAGAUAAGAUAAAGCUGUUGAAUGAAGUGUGUAAGCAGACAGAAUGUGAUGACCAGUGUAGAAUCUCUCCUGAGAUGAAAGUCUGCAAGGAGGAAGAAGCUACAGAUAUUCAACUGAAGUAUCCAUGCCUCGUCUGGGGUGAAUGCUUAGCCGUCAUUUCCAACUACAAGUGUCAUAUUGCCAACCUGGUCUGCUACUAUGUUCAGAAACAGGUGCUCAUCAGGAACGAGGGCUUUGGUUCCGAGGAAUUCCUCCAAACAUAUCUUGAACAUGCAGAAGUAGACAGAAGGGUAGCAACGCUAAAAUUAGAACGAAUGGAAUCGGAAAUGGCGGCACAGAAUGCAAAGGGCAUUCUCAAGCGAGCUCAGUCCCGCCAUGACCUUGUGAAAGAGGUUAUGGAAGCACGGCAGGUUGAAGUAGAUGACUUAGUCAAUCAGAAACAGUCCACAGCCUACUUGACUGCGUACUCCAACACUCACAGCCAGAAUCUGUUCCAGGUCAGGAGCUGUGCCUUUGGGGAUCAACUGGAUGGCAUGCAUGCUACGCUGUUUGAGGUACGUUGUAAAAUAAACUCGUUGGACACGGGCUGGAUAUGGUACACUUUCAACAAUGAUUUUGCCAAAACGGAUAACAGUCUUGCUCAGACUGCAGUGCAGGUGUUCAACCGCUUUCAUACUCGAGUGAAAACAGCCUUGGAGAGCGGAGUGAGCGUGAGGAGGAAGCGUGAGGCUGCCAGUGUGUUGGACGUCCUAGAUCAGAUUGCCACCAAUAGCUCUCUGGACACAGUUGUGGGCAAUCCGGGAGAGCAACAGUGGAAUGAUACCUGCUCACUGUAUAAAGUCAUCUUCAAUUUCCUUCUUGCGUCCAUGCAGAGCUUGCAGCGCAUUGUGAAGGCAUAUGUAAAUGAGGUGAUAUUAGCCAAUGAGAGGAUUGCCAGUGGCAUUGUAAACCUGCAGUUAAACAACUCACUGAGCCUGCAGGAUGGUGACAUCAGUGAGUCUGCCCUAAGCUCUUACGGUGUGAGUCAAGAGGAGCUGGUCAGGCUGCUGGCCUCCAUCAACCCGCAGCAAGACCCGCUGAUUGGUCACCUUAUCAACACCUCCAAGAUUCUUACGGACAUGAACAAAGGUGUGGUGUCUGCAAUCUCUCACUAUGACAUCCUCAUACUCUGGCUGAGACAGAUGGACAAUCUGACGGCACUGUACGAGUUCACAGAUUGCUCACGCUACCAAGACUGCGUCAAGUGGGCCUUUGACUGGUACGCGGACAGACUGGAUGAGCUUGGCCCAGACGUUGUCACAUCUGCUAACCAGAGCUUGACGGAAGCAGCAAAGCUCUUCAUUCUACUCAUCCACAGCCAGGCCUCCAGCAUGGAAGAAAUGAACAAGGUGGCACGGGACAUUUCACAGCUUCUCACUAACGUUUCCUUAGAUGACAUCCUCUGCGGGUCCAAGUCAACAUUUGCUGACCAUGAUGUAAGGAACAUCAGUGCUGUGGUGGGACAGAACGUCACCCUGGCAUGUGAAGCAGAAGGCACUCCGACCCCUGUGAUAACCUGGUGGAGGAUAGGCUCCCCUGGCCCCCUACAAAACAAGUCCUCCAGUCAAUAUCUCCACCUGACAAGGGUCACUACAGCCCAAGCAGGCGAGUACUACUGUCUGGCUGAAAACUAUAUUGGCUCUACGGUCUCCCCAAGUAUCAUGCUUCAUGUGGGGUAUCCUCCCGAGGUAACCUCGCGCUUCCCUGCGGACAUUGACCUCUUGGUGGGUGACUCUUUGACCUUGACCUGUGAGUCAUCUGGAAUACCCGAACCCAAGAUCAGCUGGCUCACUUCUUCUCCAGAAACAAUAAACAUGGUUAACUCGACUUACCAUCAACGUUCCCUGAUGGUUAGCCACAGUGGGCUGCACAAGUGCCAGGCUGAGAAUCUGUAUGGUCAUGAUGAAUCUAACGAACUGUACAUUCGUGUGAGACAGGCCACGGCCAUCUGCCCAAGCACCACCCUCAAGGUGGGCUACAUCGCACAGGCGUCCAAGUCACCUGUGAGCGAUACAGGUGUGGUUGUGGAUGUCCCAUCACUGGAGGAUUAUUUCUCUGCAGCCAUGGUUCUUAUCAUCCAGAACAUGGAGGGGAUGAUCAACAUCCGUGACCUGAACAUCAGGGAAGUGGACCACUCCAUCGAGUUCUCUGUCGGCAUGAGCACGUGUGAGAACGAGCAGAAGUGUAAGCGGUCAGCCUGCGAGAAGCAGUACAUUUUGUACACCCUGAAGGUGCAGGCAGCCAUUGAUGCUCUGGCACUGGCUGUCUACAAUGACACUUACCUGUUCACCAAGGACAGACAGGCCUACUACCUGAACUCGGCACUGUUGGAGGUUCAGCCUAUGGACAGGGGCUGCCCAUCUGGACACGAACUCGUCACAGCCUAUGUUUGUGCAUCGGCUGAUGCAGUUGUGCACGUGCUCCCCCCGGAAAACCUGCGCAGCCUGCACCAGAACAAUCAGCAACAGAUUCUUUGGGACAUGAAUCAGCGUCACCAGCCCUUCAUACAAGGUUACGAGGUUGUGCUGCAGGACAAUGGGAAUACAGUGAUCAACGAGACCGUGAAUACCACUCGUCUGCUGGUGAGCGAGGACCUGGCUCACAACCGCUACCAAGUGAUGGUGAGGGCAUUCACUCGCUCCUACUACAGUGACUGGGUGGAGAAGCCAGUCACAUUAGCCAGUGCAGUGAUGAGCGAGUCAUCCUAUGAUUGGGUUGUUGGCUUGGUGGUUACCCUGCUGCUGGUUGUCCUUCUCCUCAUGUACCUGGCUUACCGCCUCAAGAAGUCGCACAUUGGGCCGAGUCGUGAAGCUUCAGCUGUGACGCUCACCUCCAGCACAUCGGGUACCCACUUCAGCUUAGAGCUGGCUCCGUCUAAGAUGAAGCACUUCGUCAUCCCUCACGGGGUGAGAGGCAGUACCGGGGUGCUGUCCAGUGAUGGCUCUUUACCUUCCACUAACACGUCUUUCCUCGCAGCCAGCGAGAGCGCAUCAAGGGAGUGCAUCCAGGCAGGCGAAAUACCGUACUACUGGGAGGACCCUGCUGAUGAUUUGCCCGAGGCUGUUAGAGAUGACGGACCCUGGGACUUGAAGCCGGAGGACAUCACCGUGGGAAGAAAAAGUGUUGACCUCUCCUCCCCACGCUGAGUUCAGCCU